CGCUGCCUGAGGCGCAGGCGCGUGGACGCAGCCCGCCGGGGCCUCGCAUCGCUGUGGGCUUCCUCUGACGACCCAGCAGAGGCCUUUCCGCCUGGCGGUGCUCGGCGCCUCUGGCCUCACCGGCCAGUUCAUGACAGAGCAGGUGUCCCAGAGCGGACCUCCCACCUGCCGUGGGCCGCGCGGGCCGCUCCCCGGAGAAGCUGCGGAGAGUGCCGGAGAGGCUGCUGUGAAGCCGGGAAGACCAACACUGUCAUCUGAAAUUGGAAUAAUAAUUUCUGAUAUCACUAAUCCAGCCUCACUUGAUGAAAUGGCUACACCGGCAACAGUUGUCCUCAAUUCUGUAGGACCCAGGCCACAGCUUUGGCACCUGCAUCCCUGUGCAGCUCUGGAGAGAGAAGCCAGAAGCCAUCGGCAUGAUGCAGCUGGAGUCAGGACAGCAGGUACAUUGACUGUUAAGGAAAGUUUCCUGACCUUACAUUCAGGACCUGAGCAGUUGCCGUAAAUCUUCAUUUGUUAUACUGUUGUGUGUCAACAAGUAUAGUUCAGAACUUGAGGUGCACUUGAACUUCCCUAAGGAAACCACAUGAUAUGAGAUGCUGAGAAAAAUUAAAUUGAUGUAUCUCCAGUGUACAACUUUCAUUUGAAGAUUGAAUAAAGAUUAGGAAAAAGAAGCUCAGUUCCUGGGGUCAAUGCAGUGGUUUAUACAGCAACUUAAACAACAGCAAUGAAAAAGUAGCAUCUAGGUGUUCAUUUCAUCUGCUUUCCAAAUGAAGUGACCAAACACCUCAAGAGGAUCUGGAUUUUUCCUGCAAGGAAGAACUUGUUGUCUUCACUUGUCUUCAAAUAAACUGAAACUUGAAGUAAAAAAUUUCACUAUACCUACACAUAGUAAGUACAUGAUAAAUACUAAUUACUCAGUUGAUUACAUAGGAUCAAUUAGAGUAAACAUUGUGUGCCAAGUGACUACCCAAGGAAUUCUAGAAAUCAGUUAACAUUUUUAUGUAGUGCACAACGCAAGGCUUUAUUAUGUGUUACUGUGUCAUUAUACCUUGGGUUAUUUAUUGUGCUAAUCACUAGGGUUGCAAAAAUAAAAAUAUACAAGAAUCUCAAAUAUAGCAAGAGUUGCAACCAAGCAAAUCACCUCACAAAAUUAUGUAUAAAAUUCAGAGGGAUGAUCUUGAAGGCAGUGAAGGAUAUUAAAAAUCUCAUAGAAGAGAUAAUGCCAUACCAAAUUCCUACUCACCCUGGAAAUCACACUGGUUUUGAGGUUGAGUAGGAAUUUUGACAAGGCCAUAUACAAUUGAAAGUUAUGUGUGUGUGUGUAUAUAUAUAUAUAUACAUUGUGUGUGUAUGUAUAUAUGUGUGUGUGUGUGUGUGUGUGUGUGUAUAAAAUGACUGUGUGUAUAUGUAAAGUUAUGUUGGGGGCUGGAACAUUGUGGUAGGCAGAAUAAUGACCUCCCAAGAUAUCCAGAUCCUGGAUCCUGGAACCUGUGAAUGAUACCUUAUAGGGCAAACAGGACUCUGCAGAUGAGAUUAAAUUAAAGAUCCUGAGAUGGGAGGAAUUACCCUGGAAUACCCUCAUGAGCCUACCUGUGAUCACAAGUGUCCUGGUAAAAGGGAGGCAGAGGGAGAUUUGACUACAAAAGGAGAAGAGGUGAUGUGAUGAGGAAAGCAGAAACUGGAAGAUGUGUUUUGAAGGUGGAGAAAGAGCACAAGCCAAGGAACACAGGCCACUGGAAGCUGAAAAAGGCAAGGUGAUUGGAUUUCCCUCUCAGCCUUCACAAGGAAGCAUCCUUGCUGAUAAUUUGAAGUCAGCUCGUGUAUCUAAUGAUUUCAGACCUCAGACCUCCAAAACUGUAAGAUAAUGAAUGUAUGAUUUAUUAAUACCAAUAAGUUUGUGGUAGUUUGUUACAGUGGCAAUAGGAAACUAAUACAAGCAUGAGCUCUCAUGCUGAAAAGCCUCACUAGAAUCACAAACCUGACUCCAAAGAGCAUGGGAUAGGAAAGAGUUCCAGUUCCAGAAUCCUAGGAAACAAACAUUGAAAACUGCAUAAAGAAGAUCCAAUGAGAGAGACUGAAAAAAAAAAAAAAUCAAGGGAAAGAGUAUAAAGAAAUGAUGAUGUUGAACCCAAAGGAAGAAUUCUGUAGAAAUCUGCCCUCUCUUGCAUACCAGACAGAGAGACAGUAGAGAUAGGUGAUUGCAAAGCAGUGCUGGCAUUCUAAAUGAGAUUAUAAUUCAUAAAUCUGUAUUUGUUUUUCUACCAAUAUUUGAGGUAAUGGGAUUAAAAAAUCAAAUGUAAUGGGAAUAUGUACAUCAAAAAGGGUAUGAACUUGCAGGAAUUUAUAAAGUGCUUCAUAUGCUUUCCCUUUUGUACUUUAGGGUAUUCUAAAUUUUAUUUUAGUAUAAUGAUAUGAUAGUAAAUGCAUUUAAACCUGGCCCUCAAUUAUGAGUCUUAAAAAUAACCCUACUAAUUCUUUAUGAUUAAAAAAAAUUCUCAGCCGUUUGGUUUUAUAGUAUAUAUGCAUAUUGGUGAGUCUUCUCACUGCCUUUUAUAAAUAAAAUGCUAUUAUGGUUUCUGGUUAGAGGUUAGGAAUUUUCAUUCUCUGGAAAAUGAAAUUAAAAGAGAUGAAACACAUUUAUACACACUAGAAACAAGGAUACCAGUUGAUCUGUGAAAUGUGAAGUGUCUGAUGCAAAUAUGAAGAAAAAGACAUUUAGAAAGGAAAAUAUCUACCUUUGAGUGCCCUUUUAACUUGGUCAUGAUAUCACUGUGGUUAUUAUUCGUGAGUAGUAAGGUCAUUAAUCUCCAUUUGAAUAAAAAUAAGGAGCCAGACUUGUUUGUAUGAAAUCAGAAGGCAUUCUAAACUUCGUGUUUUUCUACUUCAUAUUUCUUAGAUAAGGAGAUUCUUUGAUCAAAAGGCUAACAAAAAUGACUGUUUUCUGUAAGUUUUAUUCACAUACAAAGUUUAAUUUUAGUAGACACUGCUUUUGAACUAAAUAUAGCCUUUCUUACUAACCAUAAGUCACACCAAAUUGAGCUGUUAUAAAAUAUUAAAUCAAUUUUACUUAAUUUCCUCUAAGGAUGUAAAAAUGAGAUAUUUCUUUUCACUUAUUUAUUUAUUUAUUUUUUGGUGAACAGUCAGUUUACAGUGUUGCAUCAGCCUCUGGUGCACAGCAUAAUGCCUCAGUCAUACGUAUACAUUCAUGUAUUCCCUUUCAUAUUCUUUUUCAUUCUAGGUUACUACAAGAUAUUGAAUAUAGUUCCUUGUGUCCUUUUCCCAUUUUUAACAUAUUUAUUACAACAAACCUUAUAUUUCCAUGUAUAGAGGACUUAGAUCUUGUUUCCAGGGUUGAAUCAUGGAAUUCUAAAGAGCCAGACACUUCUCCACAGCAUUUCCUCACCUCACCAAUGACUUGGGCAGGAGGAGAUCAGGGCUCAGUUCAGGAUAUGUGGUGAUUCUCCUGGAGAUUUCACUGUUUUUUCCAUCAAGGCCCUCUUGAUGCACAAGCACUGGCUAUAAGACUUCAUAGUGCUGCUUGGCUCAUUAGACUCUGUUGCAGAGGGCAGCCUUGAUGAGCAGGAUAAAGCAACAGCUAAGCCAAAGACCCUGCCAGGUCCUUUGAAUUCUUUUUUCCGGAGUUUGUUUCUUGGUGGGAAGAGGAGGAGUUUAACAUGGAUGGAAGAGUGAACAAUGACUUCAGGUUUUCUCUUGUGGAUGACUGGGUGAGUAAUCAUGCCAUGGGUAAAACAGCAGAUCCUGGGAGUAGAAUUGGUUUUGUUGGGGAAUAUAAUUAAUUCAUUUGAGGUUGUGUUAGAUGUGAUUUACUUAUAGAACAGUCUGAAUGUUUAUUUGGAAAUUUAAUAUUCAGAAAUGAAUUAAGGACAAAAGACAUAGAUUUGUAAGUCACAUACAUAUGUGUAAUAAUUAAGUGAAGAUUCUUGAUGAAAUUAUCCAGCCCUCUUCCCUAAAAUGAGAUCUUUUAAAAAAGAGGGCUAAAGAUGGAGUCCUGAGAUGAGCAAUGUACCAUAAAAGAUGGAGAAGUAUCCAUCAGAGUGGUGGGGAGAGGAAGGCGUUGUAUGGGAGAAAGUUCCCAGGGAAAGGGCUGUGUCAGAUGUCUCACCGGGUGAAAAAAUUACAACAGUUGAAGAAAUGUAUAGGCAGGAUUUGGCCACUAGGAAAUUACUUUUUUGUUACAGCAGCUUUUACACAGGAUAUUGGAACACAUAUUGGAUGACAAAGUUGGAGGAUUGAAUUUCAGUGGAAGAAACACAGAAGAUGAGAUGCUUGGUGGCAUCAGGAGGCAAAGAGAGAGAGAAAGAGAGGCAGAGGAAAGAAAGAAUCCUUGCAUAAUUAUGUCAGUUUUAGAAAUUUAAGAGUAGUUUUAUCCAGUGCAGAGAUUGAUUACGGACGGUAGGAAGAGACAGUAACUUGUGGAGUGAGAUUUUACAAUGACCACAUCAGGACACAUCUCCGCCUGCUGACAGGGGUUACUGAGCCCGCUGUGAUUUCAUGCUCAUGGGCUGUGCCACGUAAUACCAAGGUUUAUAUUUCACCCUGUCUUUAUCACAUCGUACUGUCCCACAGCCUUGUUCACCAUUUCUGGUAGAUUAAGGGGUGACAUUAGUGUUUUAUAUUUUCGUGUAUUUGUGUGGCCAUGCUAGAGAUUACAUUUAUUUCAACAGGUGUUUCUUAUGGACAGAGCAGCAGUGACACUGAAGCUCUACAUCAGACGUAUUGUCAUGUAGCCCUUUCUUGGGAAGAUGCAAAUGAACAAGGAUCUGAGAGUGAUGCAGGGGGACAUACCGAGAGCUCGGUGAAAGAGCAUCCUCAAGAAGAUAAAGAAGAGGUGGUAUAUUUAUACAAUGGAAUACUACUCAGCCAUAAAAACCAACAACAUAACGCCAUUUGCAGCAACAUGGAUGCUCCUGGAGAAUGUCAUUCUAAGUGAAAUCUGCCCAUGGUAGAGGAGCUGAUGAAGCCUAUCAGAAUAGAUUCCUUUGGGGUUGGUGGUUUUGAUUUACAACCUGUCAGCUACAAGAAACUGGCUGAGAAUAAAGAAACUGAAUUUGUUAACAAUUUACCCCUUAAGAUGAAUCCAAAUGUUAUGUCUCAAGAAACAAAAUGUGAACCAAUUUUUGGACAAAAAUGAAGAGCAUAUAGUUUUACAAAAGUCACCAAUGAAGUGAAGUAGCUUUGAAGAAUCAAACAAAAAUCAAAGGUGGUUGCAGUUUGAGGAAACAUCGGAUCCUGUCACUGAAGAAAAAGCAAAGCAAAUCCAAAAAGAAAUAGGAACAAGAGACACUUCUUCAGGGAUGUCAACAGUAGUAGCCUAAGCCUACAGCCUGCCAAUAAGAAGCAUUUUCACUGCAGGGAUGCCCAGAGAAAGUGUUAACCACAUCAGAGAUGGCAGCAUUUACUACAAAUGGGGUAGCACUGAUUUUGCAGGACACGCGGCCCUAGAGUUAUUGAGAGCCAUCCAGACCCUCCGCCUGCUGUUCUGCACUUGCUGCGCGGAGCGUGCACUUUAAGGAACAGACCUGAAUAUCAAGAAAGAGAAAACCGGUUUAUUGGAAGACCUCAAAAGACUGAAGCAAGACAAGCAAGCUCUUGAAGCAGACUUGGGAAAAAUGAAGACAGAGACCAAGCCAGAGAGCAGGUGCAUGCACCUCAUGGAGCACGCCGAGCUGGGAUAGUCACUUUAUACUCGUAACUGUUCUGAACUUGAGUUCUGUCUGCCAUCUGCAGCCCACAUCCACACUGCUCACCUGUGUCAGACCACCUUCCAUCUAUAAACAUUUUCAGUGGGACAGUUGGAUGAGAACUAAUUACAGCAGUCAUGAAAAUGGUCCCAUGAAUGUAGGCUCUGCACAACAAGGACGCUUUGACCGGAGGCCUCAGCUGUGGCCUGCAGGAUCUGUUCACGUUUUCUGCCUGGCUUCCCUGCAGACGUUCUGCAGAAAAUCAAGCCUGCAGUUAAAGUCAUAGAAGGCCCAAGAAAUCCAGAAAAAUAGAGUGAGAGUCAUCUCCUUGGGAAUAUUUUUGAAAACAAUCCACUAAUCGGAAGAAGAGCUAUAAGAGGUUCGUUUCAGAGCAGAUGAUGUCCAAGUGCAGAAUCUCUCAUCUAUUGUAGUCUUCAGUGCCCAAGUUUGAUACUUCUUCCUCACCUCUAUUGGACGCUGAUUCAGAAAAGACACGACCUCCUGGAGAACCUCUGCUGCCACGGAGCUGACAUGGAGCUGAGUCCUGAAAAGGCUUUAAAUUCUUUUAAAAACAGGAUUAGUGUACUUUAAUUACUCCAUAGAUGAAAAAUGAAUGGGUCACAUUAACAUAGGAUUUUAAUCCUUUUAGAAUUAGUAGAGUAAUACAGACACAUUACAAAAAAUUGAAAUAUUGCCUAAAAGAGAAGAGAUUUGUAAUUCCCACCCACAGAGGUGACUGUCAUGAAUGAUUUGUUGCUUAGGUCUCAGUCUCUGUGUCUCUCAGUAUGUCUCUUUCCAUCUCUGCCUCUCACACACUCACAAUCAGAUCAAUUUACAUCUAUAUUGAUUUCACACAUAUGUGGUAGUGCAGAUGGGACCCUGGAUGCAGACAGUGGGUCUGCAUACUUCCACCCUGAGGCCUCCCUUGACAUUGGAUUGAGACCAGGCACCCACUUUUCCAACUGCACAGCAUUCAUUCAUUCACAUCAACCAGAACGAA